UUCCAAGGAAUCCGCCUCCCACAUCUCUGAGAUUGAAACUGACUGAACAAGCUUCUUCACCAACACAUUCUGCAAGACACCAUGGAGGCAGGUGUAGUCGUCCUGCUGUUGUCCGCUCUGUCGGGGAUUUCUUCGACGCUGGGCUUUCAUGGAGAUAGCAUCAGUUUAAUGCCUGCAAAAAACAAUGCGGAUGGGACAUUUAAGGUGACCUUUUAUCACCGACAGAAUGGCAGAAGCAACUGUGAAGACCAAUCUUGUUUCAAAUGUGAGAGUGGGGUGUGCACAGGCUUGGAGGAGUCCAGGGUGCUGCAGACGGACCAGGACAACACCGGCCAGCACAGGUGGUGCCAGUCCGAAAGGCACACAACAGCAACCAUCCGCACGAAUAAAACCUCCUUUUCUCUGAUAGACUGUUCAAAAGCAAACUGGACGGUUCAAGCUGAGCUGGACCUGGGACGUCGAUCCGACUCACAGUCCCUCAACGGCUGUCCCAUAACAACAACAGUGUCCUGGUUACGAUCGCCUCAGAACUGCUUCUCAGAGCUUCCUCUUCUGGCGUACGAUCCAGACGGAGAUCACGUGAGAUGCCGCUUUGCUAAAAAAUCUCCAGCUCCUGCAAACUUCACCAUGGAUGAGACGACGUGCACGCUGACAUCCAAAGGUCAAGUCGCCAUCGGCGUCCACGUGUUUGAGCUGGUACUGGAGGACUUCUCCAGGAAAAACCUCACGCUGACCUACGCUGAUGGAACGUCAGCAUUUCGGGAGGCCUCCGACACAAACUCGCCGCCUCUCUGCACGGUGAAUCUGCAGUUCUCCCUGGAGAUCCUUCCUCCGAUACCAAACUGUGAGGCUGGUCACGUCAGGCCCGUGUUCUUGUCCAGGACCCCUUCCCACGGGGAUGUCCUCCACGCCACCGUGGGUCAGCCGUUCCAGCUUUAUGCCCAAGCACAGGCCCACCGUACCAGCAUCCACGACUUCCAGGUGAGCGGCCCCCAGAACAUGAGCAAAGUGUUCAAAGACGAUGAGUUUGGAAAAGCCGAAGUGAGUCUGAGCUGGACGCCACAGCCCAGCGACCUGUACAGAUCUGUCCCGGUGUGCUUCACUGCCGAGACAAAUGAAAGCCAAUCAGACAUGAGGUGCGUUGUUCUCAUGGUAACCCAAGCCGCUCUCAUUCAAGGCAAGGCCAGUGUCACGUGCUCACCCAACAAGAUGACGGUGGCCCUGGAGAAAGCCUCCAUGCCCGGCAUCGACGUGAACUUCCUCCAGCUGAGAGACACGUCGUGCUCUCUCACCUCCAACGCCACGCACAUCCUGGGCAGCAUGUCCUUCACCACCUGCGGCACAAAACUUGAGGACAAAGGCGACUUUCUGGAUUUCGUGAAUGAGAUCACCUCCUUCGAGCUGGCCAACGAGAUCAUAGUCCGAAGGAAGACAGUUAAGAUUGAAAUCUCUUGCAAGUUUCCCAAAAGCAUCAGCAUCUCCAGUUACUACAAUCUCCAAGACUCUGACUACAUUUUCACUGAGUCCAGCUUCGGCAGCUUCGGCUACACCUUCGAAGUAUACACCAACAGCAAAUUCACAAGCAAAGUGCCGUCCACGGCCUAUCCAGUGGAGGUCAGCUUGUUAAAUAAGAUUUACAUGGGCAUUCAGGCUCAAUCGGAUCUGCCAAAUGUGUCCUUGUUUGUCGAAUCCUGCAAAGCCACUCCUGAUGACAACCCUAAGAACACCCUCACCUAUGACCUCAUCAGGAACGGGUGUAUAAAGGAUGAGACGUUUAAAGUCCACCCAUCAAACCAGACUGCAUUCAACUUUGAGGUUACAGCUUUCAAAUUUUCUGGAAACUACGACGAGGUGUACAUCACCUGCUCCGUCAUCCUGUGCGAGGCGGGGAAUGCCUUUUCCAGAUGUGCCCAGGGAUGUGUGGCGCAGCCAGCCCGCAGACGCAAGCGAUCGCUGCACAAGGAGACCGUCAGCCACUCCAUUACCCAGGGUCCUUUUCGGUUUGUCGAGCAGGAAGUUCCCAAUGCCGUCAUGGAAGACAACAACAGGCUGAUUGAAAAGAAGGACACAACGGCUGCAGUGAACCCUCCACCGGCGUCUUCAGACACCAAACCAAGCGGAGGACGUCGGGACUCGGCUCCCACGGUCUCCAGUGGAGGACGCUGGGGGAUCGAGCAGAUCCUCAACACCGACACCAGCACCGUGGUCUUCGCCUGCGUCUUCUUUGUGGCGCUGGUGUUGAUGGUUGUGCUGGUUAUUUACUUCAUGAGGAAGAGAAAAGCAGACGACCAAAAGUCUCUCUUAGGCUGGGACAACUAAAACACAAGUUAUAUUUUUGGUAAUGAUAGGUUCAGAUUCUUAAAACAAUACUCAUACCUACCCAGAUGUAGUGAUUCUCAAACUAGGACCACGGUACUCUGCCAGGGGUCCGUGGAAGUUUUUAGUUUCUUUCAUUUAAAUUCUUUUUUUAAAACUCAUUUUUUUCUGACCAAUGGCUUCAUAGCUUCAAGAAUAAUGUUUUUAACCCUUGUGUUGUCUUCCCGUCAACCAUGAACUUGUCCUCCCAGGUCAAAAUUGAAAACGAAUAUAUUUUGGGGCUUCUCCGAUGAUUUUGUCGCUUUUUCUGAUUUGUUUGUCACUUUUUCCAGCUUUUGGUGCUUUUUUUUUAAAAACCUGAGCUGGUUUAAUAAUAAGUUUUACACUUUUUCUUGGAAUUCAUGGUCAACAAACCUCAUUUAUAUCAAAUUACACAUAGGUUUUUAGUUAAAAAAAAGCAGAAAUUAUGAAUUAUUUUGACUAAUAGUGGAGAUCAGAGGAUGUUGAGUGGAUCUCAGACGGGUAGAUGUCAAAGUUUAGUCCGCAUACUGUUUGGAAACCAUUAAACAAAAUAAUUCAAAUGCUAUAAGAUUAAAUAAAACCCCCAAAAACUCAAUGAAAGUAAUGUUGUAUGGAAUCAGCCAUGUUAUUUUUGGGCAAUUUGGUUGAAAGAAAUCCAUAUUUCUGAUACAAAACACUUUGAAACGGGUCGAUUUGACCCGAGGACAACACAAGGGUUAAUUUAAUAGUUCAUGGAUUACCUCCUAAUUAACAAAUCUAUAAAUUGCACUACUCAAAAAACAUCUUGAAUACAUGUCGAAUAUCUUUC